CCGCGUGGCAACGGUAUUCGAAUCGGGAUAAAAUGUAGUAAAUUUAGUAGAUCGCGAAAAUGUUUUAAUAAUUCAGUUCAGUAAAGUGGUUAUAAUAGUUAAUAGACUGUGUAACUCGGAUACCUUAAGGGUAUUGUGGAAUUCAUAAUAUGAACGUUUAAAAGGUUCACCCAAAAAUGUCGUCCGGGGAGUGGGAUCUGCGAGCGCUGAAGGCGCUUGAGGAAGAGGAGCAGCGCGAGUUUCUGGCCCUCAGCCAGAAGAAUCUAUUUGAUCCUCUGCCAAAUCCCACUUCCGAUGCAGUCAGUGCGAAAUCUUCGCUCACCUACGCUCAGUUGCAUCCUCAUCUUCUGAAGCUGCCGACGAUUGACGAGUGCCAGCUGAUGGCCGUCAAACAGCAAAGAUCAGCGGCCCUGCGAUUCAGUCGUGCCCUCUCCUUGUCCGCCCACUCACUUUCAUCUCGGACUGGAAGCGGUACGGCGGCGGGAAACGGAAGUGGCUUUGGCUUCGGCAGAAAGUUGAAGGCACGCUUGGUAGGCGCCAAGUCUAGUGGUUCGCUGUCACCCGGCCGCCAUUCGCACAGCUACAGUGUUUCUCCGGUAUAUACACCGCCGCCCAUGAGAAGAUGUGCCACACUGCAUCAUACGCAACCAGUACGAAAGGCGUUCAAAAAUCUGCAACAGCUUCAGGAGAGAAAACGCCAGGUGGCCGGAAAUCACAUGCAAAGGAUUGCCGGCACUGGCAAAACGUAUUGGAAGUAUGGAGCAAAUUCCACAGCUGCUUCGAUAGUGGGACAGCGGGCCCGUCAAACUCAACAGAUGGAGGUUGAGGAAUCAAACGGUUCGGAUGAGAUGAAUUCAGAACCACAGGAGAUAUCAGAGGCGGAAACGGGCUCCUGUAGUGUACCGUUGCCCUCGAAGGACACGAAUGAAAUUCUCCGUUUGAUGCUUAGUGCGGCCAGUUCGGCGGUCACCGUGACACCAACGGCGGCAGCAAUUGGUAACUGUAAUGUGACCGGAGCAACUGGUGGCGCCCUGCAAAUGCGACGCUACCAGAAUGUCAGCGAUGUUGAGGAGGACGAAACUGUUGCUUACGAAGCUUUCCAUCAGGCGGCCAAAAGCUUUGAGCGCGGCGCUCUCUUGCGUGUUGGAGGUUUAACAGCGCAAGAGAGCGAUAACGGUAAAGCUAAUACCAUUAGUCCCCAGAGUAGUCCCGCCAGAGAAAUGCAAUCCACAACGGCUAAUGUUACGAGUGGCAGGCGAAUGUUUAAGUCCUCAUCAUUGGAUUGGCCAGGGGAAUCACAGCAGCAGCAGCCUCAUCAGGCCGCAAAUCACAUGGAAAUGGUGGAAGAGCAUUCAAAGGAUUCUCGCCUGCGGCAACGUGAUCACUGGGAUCUAGAGCACGUCCAUUUCCAUCACGAGGUUCUUGGACGCCUCACAACCGGCGCCACCGUCAUCGAUGACGAACUGGAGCAGCAUAUCAAACACUGUUCCUGCUCCUGCAAUCACAUGGGCUACGGCAACUCAAUGGACUAUCAGACGACUGGCUUCGGUGGAUUGCCCGAUGUCACCGAGCACUCGAACAUCCGCCGUACACUUUCCCGCCAGAACUCGAUCUCGAACAGCGAUUCCGGUGGCGAGAUAGCCAGCAUCCAAAAGUCCAAGGUGAACUUUGGCAAUCCAAUGGCCGGGGGCGUCGUAGUGGGCGGUGAGAUAGUGGGUCUCGAUGCCAAAUCUCCAACAUCGCUCAAUUCGGCGACGGGAGCCAGUGCUACCGGAAAAGUAAAGGGUAAAGGCUUAAGAAAAGCAAACGCCGGAGCCGAUGGUGGUCAGAAGGGAAAGAGAGGCUCCUGGCUGGUGGCCAUCACACUGGUCAGUGCCAUCUGUCUGCUAGCCAUUGCUGCUACCUUAGCCUAUCAGCACUUCCUUAUGGCGCCCAGCCGUAAUUCGCACGCCCAAAGACUGAGAAUCGUCCGACGAAUUCUGCGUGAAGUACCGUUGGUCGAUGGACACAACAAUUAUGCCUGGAACGUUCGCAAGUACGCCCACAGCAGCCUGGAGCUCCAUCUUAGCCAUGAUGUCGAUCACAAGUCAUUGUGGGCACGGCCGGCAUGGGCGCAAACGGAUAUGGAGCGACUUAAGCAGGGAUUGGUCAGCGUUCAAGUUUGGUCAGCAUAUGUACCGUGCGAGGCACAGGGCUUGGACGCCGUCCAAUUGGCUCUGGAACAGAUCGACAUAGUGCGGCGCCUGUCGGACAUGUAUGCCCGGGAAACGGUGCUGGCUACAUCCUCGCAGGACAUUGUGGAGGCACAUCGACGUGGACUGCUGGCCUCGCUGAUUGGAGUGGAGGGUGGUCAUACAAUUGGUUCCUCUUUGGGGGUCCUAAGAUCUUUCUACUCCCUUGGAGCACGAUAUCUCAGCUUAACACAUCGCUGUGACGUAUCGUGGGCAGGAUCAAGUGCAUCGGUGGCAGAACAAGGACUCACGCCAUUUGGCAAGGCCAUCGUACGUGAGAUGAAUAGGCUGGGCAUGAUGAUCGAUCUUUCACACAGUUCAGAUGCCACAGCCAGGGAUGUCCUUCAGGUGACCCGGGCUCCUGUCAUCUUCUCUCACUCCGCGGCACGCCAAUUGUGCAAUUCGACGCGGAAUGUACCAGAUGAUAUACUGCGCCUGGUGGCCGAGAACGGUGGCUUAAUCAUGCUGAGCUUCGAUUCUGAAGAUGUAGCAUGUGGGCGACAGGCACGCCUCCAGGACGUCAUCGAGCACAUUAAGUAUGUGCGGGCCAUUGCCGGCAUCCAGCAUAUUGGCCUGGGAGCCGGAUACGAUGGCAUUGAAUUGCCACCAUUGGGACUAGAGGAUGUAUCCAAAUAUCCAGAGCUACUGGCCGCCCUGCUCGAGGAUCAUAACUGGAGUGAGGAGGAUGUGGCCAUGCUGGCGGGUCGUAAUUUCCUACGUAUUAUGGAGACAGUCGAAACGGUGCGAGACUACUGGAAAAGAGCAGCCAUUCAGCCCAUUGAACAGACAGAGCCUCAGCCCAAGACGCAGUGCACCUACAUGUCCUCGUGACCACAGGCGCAGGCGGUAAGGCAGCGGCGGGAUGAACCGCCAAUGGAACGCGCCAAUCGCACCACUGCCACCUUGGCGGGGGAACACUUCUGGAACCACAGUCCGGAGUCAAAGGACUCCGCCAGCAAUCACACCAAUCCUGCGUUUAUCGCUGCCACGGCAACGAGCUUUACGGUCAGCGAAUUGCUCCAGUAAAAUGGCUUGGAGGGCAAAUCAAAGCAAGGGAUUUUGGGUUUGCGGUUCGUCUUGGUUUUGCUAGGUUUUCGAGGACAGAGAGCGAGUAAUGAGACAAUGAAAGCCUGCAAAGACUCUUUGCCAGACUUACAAAUUUUUUUUUAUUUUCAAUAAAAGGUGGUAGUUUAUUGGUUUUAAAAAUUUGUUGUAUCGUUUUGUCAAAUUUUAACUUCCAGCUAUAUAAAAAUAUUAUAUUUAAGGGAAAAUUAUAAAUUAAAUUAACGAAAAAGUUUCAUAGAAAUCUUGAGGGGAUUUUUAGGUACAAUAAAUAACUAAAUAUGUAUAUAUAUAUAUAUUAGCUUUAUUGCCAUUACUCGCCCUCAGGCCAAAAAGUGAACCAGUCUCGUGGCAGCCCUCGUGAAUAAUUAGUGAGUACUCGUAAUUUACUUCCAUAGGAUGCAUCGAUAGGCGUAUGAAUAAAUAAUAAUAAUAAAUGUACUAGUAUUUAGCCCAUAAUUGUUUGCAGCUAUACUUAUUGGUGUUGUGGCAAUGCAUAAUUUAUGCACAGUCCGGAUACUUAUUGAUGUUGCUGUACCACGGGGUGUAUGCGCGAUACAGCAACACAGCAAACUACGAACCGCAAUCCGAAAUUCUUUCUUGACUUGUCUGUGAAUGUAUUAUAUAUAUAUGUAGGGCACACAUCAAUGAUUCACGCUAAUUAUCGCAAUUAAGCGCAAUAUAUUUAAUCACGAACAAUCACACAGACAUCCCAAUAUACUCGUACAUAUAUAUAAAUCAUCAAAAUGAAACGAAAUUAAUUGCCAGAGUUUUCACCAUUAAUGCCAGGAUCAAAAGUCAAAACGUAAGCACAGCGAUUCCAAUUAAAAAUAGAUUUCUCACCCUGACUGUAUGUGUUGAAUCCAUCUUAAUUUCUGUACUAGGUUAGUUAAAAAUAAAUAUUACAAAAAUUACAAAAAAAAAAAGAUUAUAUCAAAAACGAAAUGUUAUUCGUGUAUGCAUAGCUACAAUAUAUAUCACACCAAAAAACUGAAAUAAAAGUAAACUCCAGCAGGGCAAUGCGAUUAAUCGAAUAGAGAGACACGCAUUUCCAUAAAAAUAAAUCGGAAAUAAAAUUCACACUCUCUGUUUUUUAUUUUUAUGUUGGGCUGUUUGAAUGAG